AUGACCGUGGCCUCGCUGUUGGAAAGCAACCGCGUGCAGGAGCUCGAGCAGUUGCUCCAGCUUCUCCACCCCCGGAUCCUCCGGUACGUGCUGGCAGCCGACGCCGGUGCAGCGGCGCCGCAGGGCGCGUUGGGCUCGUACCACGAGCCGCAGUUCUUGAAGGAGCUCUUCACCGGCAGCCUGGGCAUCUCGGAGCAGGGCUUGCAGAACGACCCGCAGGCGGUGUUCCGCAACAUCGACCGCGUGUUGCAGUACUCGGUCAACACGUGGCACCCCGGGUUCUUGGACAAGUUGUACGCGUCCAACAACCCCAUCGGCGUGGUGGGCGACAUCGUGCUCUCGCUCCUCAACACCAACUCGCACGUGUACACGGUGUCGCCCGUGGUGUCGGUCAUCGAGAACUACGUGGGCCGCAAGUACGCCGCCCGCUUCUUCCCCAACCACGUGGCCACGUGCGGCGGCUUGACCUUCCCCGGCGGGCUGUGGCUGAACAUCACCGCCAUGCACAUGGCGCGGGCGCUCCGCUUCCCGGCCACCAAGACGCAGGGCAACGGGCCGCACCGCUUCGCCGUGUUCACGUCGCGCCACUGCCACUACUCCGUGGAAAAGGCCGCCAUUCUCUUGGGCCUCGGCUCCGAGGCCGUGUUCAAGGUGGCCAUCCUCGGCGACGGCACCAUGGACCCGCAGGCGCUCGACACGGCCAUCGGCGCGGCCGUGGCGCGCGGCUUCACGCCGCUUCUCGUCAACGCCACGGCCGGCACCACGGUGUUCGGCCUGUUUGACGACUUGCGUGCCGUGGGCGCGGUGGCCCGCAAGCACAACGCGUGGUUCCACGUGGACGGGUCGUGGGGCGGCAACGUGGUGUUCUCGCCGGCCCAGGCCCGCCGGCUUGCGGGCUGCGAGCUCGCGGACUCCGUCACGGCCAACCCGCACAAGAUGUUGGGCGUGCCCAACACGUGCCUGUUUCUCUUGGUGCCGCACGUCGGGCACUUCCAGACGGCCAACUCGUUGAGCGCGCCGUACUUGUUCCACGGUCGCGACAACGGCGACGAGAACAUGGACUUGGCGGACGGCACCAUGGGCUGCGGCCGCCGGCCCGACGCGUUCAAGUUCUACUUGACCUGGCUCUACUACGGCACGCAGGGCUUGCAGCGCCGCGUGGACCACGCGUAUGCCAUAGUGGCGGACUUUGUGGGCAAGGCCUCGCGCACGCCGGGCUUCCGCUUGGUGCAGCAGGAGCCCCAGUGCUUGCAGGUGUGCUUCUACUACGUGCCCGCGGGCUUUGCCGGCCCCGACUACUCGGCCGUGACGCGCCACGUGUCGCGCGAGCUCCACCGCCAGGGCCGCUUCUUGAUGGACUUCUCGCCGAACCCGAGCGACGACACGCACGGCGAGUUUUUCCGCGUGGUGUUCAACUCGCCCAUCCUCACGGACGCCGUGGUGGACGACCUCAUCCGCGCCAUUGUCGACACUGCGGAGGCCGCGGCCUUUGGCGAGUAG